AUGAACUGCAAAUGCUGCCACUUUCCAAAUUUGUCAAUAGAAAGAUACGAGACCUUAAAAUUAACACAAAACAAAAAAAUCACCAAGGCAGAUUGCAACACGCAAAAUAAAAAAAAAGCUGCAACAGGCGAAAGGCAACUAACGAGAGGAAGUAAUGCUGAAGGGAGAGGCCGCAACGGAAGUAGUGCCGAAAGUAAUGGUGGAAGUAGAGGUGGAAGUGAAGUCGGAAGUGAAGUCGGAAGUGGAAUCGGAAGUGAAGUCGGAAGUGAAGUCGGAAGUGGAGUCGGAAGUGGAAUCGGAAGUGCAGUCGGACGCGAAGUCGGAACCGAAAUGAGAAACGAAGUAGGAAGCGAAAACCGAAGUGGGUCGAACGCACGCAUAAUGAAAAACGCAACUCACCAAAAAUUCACAGGGAAUAAUAAAAUAAACUCAAUCGAGAAAAACAAAAGUAAAAGCUGCUCCUUGAGAAACAUUAUGGGUUCCAAUUCGGCUCCGAAUAAAGACAUCCAUGAGGACACCUCGAAUUGGGGUCAGCUCUUUGAGAACGCAGAAGGGGAUCCAGGUGUAUACACUCCAUCUAAUGAGCUUCUAGACGAAAAAAAUAUCUGGAAAUAUGCCAAGGGAAUAAAGAAAAAGAAAAAAAAUAUGAAUAUUGCAAAUGUUUAUACAGUUUGUCAAAAUGAGUCCUCUUUAAGCAUCGAAGAGAAGUGCCCCUUGGUAGGAAAACACAAGGACGUGCUGUUAGUAGGAGACGAAACUGAAGAUCCCCUUAGAAUGAAUGGGACUGGGUUUGGAGAAAUGCUCAUAAGUAAGAAGAGCUAUUUAAUUGCGGGUUUGGCGAAUAUGCCACGUGGGGAGAAUAAGGAUGUGUUCGCGGAGGGAAAAAGUGGACUUAACAUUGGACGUAGUAGUGAUCAUAGCAGUGGACGCAGUAGCGAACAUUAUAGUGGGCGCAGUAGCGAGCAUGGUAGUGGGCAAAGUAGCGAACAUGGUAGUGGGCGAAGUAGCGAGCAUGGCAGCAAUCGUAGCAGCAAGCUUAGCAGUGUUACUCAGCAUGCCGACGGAAGUGCCAAGGACCAACAGAAGACUCAAGGGAGCCAAACAAAAGACAUAGCCCACGUAGCUGAUGAUAUGCCGUUACUAGCAAUCGGAGCGGAAGAAUGUAAGAAACCAAAAAAUUUAAAAGACGAGGAAUACGCUAAAAAGAACCACCAGGAAGACAUUUCAAUGUACAACUUAAUUCGCGACAUAUGUAAAGGUUCCAAGGGGGUGAAGAACAAGGAGGGGGAAAUCCUCCUCAAUUUGGAAAACCUAGCCAGUCGCGAAUUAGUGAAGAAAAGCACGUCAUCCAGAAAAGCGAUCAAUCACGUGAAGGAGAAAAUAUCGUCAAUUUUCCAUGCGAAUGAGGGGAAGAAACAGGACCCCACGUGUGCAGGUGGAAGCUUAAAUUCUAAUAAUCAAAUCGGUUUGCCCAAUGGAGACACAGUAGAAGGGCAUAGCGAGAAAGGAAGCGCGGAGCGUGGAAUCGAGCAGACGGGAGAACAUGAAAGCGAAGCCAGGGAUGACCCGCGGGAUGACCAAAUGGAACACCUGAGAAACCAACUAAAUCACCAUUUGUACAAAAAGUUAACAGAUGACACAAUUACCGAAAGUACUAAUAACACCUGCUCCGAUUUCAAUGAAAGUACGCACAACAACAGUUCCCCGAAGAGCACCAAGUUUUUAUUCAGUAUGUGCAAUGAGGAGGAGAGGGAAUUAUGUGAGAAGAUUACGCUGCCCAAGUCUACAACCAACAGUGCAGUCAAUAGCAUGAGUGUGUACAUGGACUCUUCUUCAUCCAUGUCGGAUGGAAGUUUAUUCAAUGACGUAAAUAGGAAUAAGUCAAACGUAACAGAAUACGAGAAGAAGGAGAAUAUUUCAUGCAAUGUUCAGAAAAAGAGAGAUUGUCCAAAUAUAACUCCAUUGAAGGGGGGUCCCCUAAUCAAUCAUACCGUGCAUGAUAAAAGCAGCAGCGUUAGGAGGAAAAGUGAAGUUCCUAGUAGUUCAUUCCCCAUCCAUGGGAAAAUAAUUAAUCUCGUUGGGAACAGCCAAGCACAACAUGCUGAUGAAGAAAAUAAAAAGGACACAAUCGAAGAAGAAGAAGAAGGAAACAAAAUAACCAAUUUGAAAAGAAGCAUAAACCGAGAUGUAGAUUACAGUUUAAAAAAAAAAUUAAAAAUAGAAGACUAUUCUUUACUCAAUUUAAAUAUAUAUAAAAAUAACCCCCCAGAAUUGUGUAAAAAUAAUAACUACAAUACGUACAUAUUGAAAAGCCUCCAAAAUUCUUACCUAAGAAAUAAAUUAUUCAACGGAACGUACAACCAAAUCAGUAGCACCAGUACGAAAAAAGAAGGUGGAAUCCCGUCCUACGUUGAUAAUAGCCCCUUCAAUAGUACAGAAAAGUAUAAGCAUAAAUACAACAGCAAGAGUGGCAGUACAGAAGAAUAUGAUGAAGCGGAGGGGUGGGAUUUUAUUAGACUCACAAAUAAUGAAAUGGAUGAGAAAAUCAACAGUGAAGAAAUGGCAAAGGGAAAAAGGAAGCAACUUAACGAUAUGAAUAGCUACUAUAAUGAUGUACUACUCAAUGGUAUGGUAUGCCCCCAAUCUACACAACUUAUAAACGUAGAUAACAAUGCAUGCAGAAGUAGCCCCUUCAAGGAACAAAACUUUAGCGCUACAUAUAAAGGAGGCGAAUCAACUGACGAUCAUUUUAACAGCAUAUAUACGAAUGAUGCAAAUUACUCCAACCUGUUGAAGGAAAAACAGUUGGACAAUGUGCAUCUGAAUCUACGUGAUAUUAUAAACCUCCUAGAGAAAGAAAGAAUCGGAAACUUAUACAAUGAAGAAGAAUUAGAAUCCAUAAUAAUUCCUGUUGGAGGAGUUUACUACGAUUCUGGUAGACAAAAGUGGUUAUACAAAUAUGACGAUGGAGACAAAAUGACAAAUAUGAGGAGGAAGUUUUUAUAUGCACAAAGCUAUUCUUAUCACCAGUCCAGGCAGAUGGCACUACAACAUAAGUACAACUACAUAAGGAAGAAGUAUAACAUUUUUAGUAACCUUGAUGAUGAGGAGAGAAUGUUCUUUGUCUCCAUCAGUGGGUAUGCAACAGGUGGAGGGGCUGCAAACAGGGGAGCCCCAAACGGGGGAAACACCAACCAAAGGGUGAGCCCAAACCAGGGGAAGAACCCUCUCUCCAAGCUCCUCAACGAGUAUGGCAACGACGCUAGCACUACAUAUGGCUGUACUGCCAAAGAACAAAGUCAGAGACGCAUAGAGAGGUGCAAACAGAAGGCCGACCCGAAAGAAAUACAACCAGAAGGUGAAGAAGCAGAAGAAAUAAAUCGCUACCACAAUGGCACCGAUGAAAAGCAACACCCUUUUUACAGUAUAAAUAAAAGCCCCUCCGACAUUAGAGAACCAAAUUUAAAUGACACGAUUAAUCCGUUAAGCAUUCAGACCCCCCUCAGUGCUUCUGCGUCUUCAUCACAUGAAGGCACUCAAACAAACUGUGCAGUUAGUGGCAAAGGGAAAGCGGACUUCCCUAGUUAUAACAUAAUAAACGGAAAAAAGGAUGUACACAAUUGGGUUGGAGAAUUAUCCAAAAGUAACAUAAAAGAAAAAUCAUUCUCAGAUGGGGUUCAAAACCCAAGUACUGUUACUCAAAGUGGAGACCCCUAUGGAGAGUACUUCCCCAAUAGUAGCAUCACCUCGAAGACGAGAGCCGUUCUGUACAAAACUCUAGGAGUAGAAUUCUCCAACGACUUGGUAGAAAAAAUGCAGAACCUACCGAAGGAAAAUAUAUUCUAUGAGAGAGACAAAAAAAGAUGGGUGAUUAAAAUUUUCGAAAAGAAGACAAACACCUUGUUAUAUUUCAAAGAAUUUGAUUGCACCGUUUUUGGAUUCGUCUAUGCCUGCAUCUUAACCAUAGAACAUAAACAUCUAUAUCUAGACUAUUUUCUAAAUGAAAAAAAUUACGAUUUCUUGAUGCAACUGAUCCAGAAUAGCUCCUUGAAAAGAAAGCUUUACUUCAACUCUGCAGUUCGAUCGACUGGCCUAGGCAGCAACGGGAACCUCGCAGGGGCCAACAUGUUCUUCAUGGAGGGCGUCAAUGAGGAGGCGAGCGUAGAAAUGAGUGCAGAAGUGAGUGCGGAAGCGGAUGCCGAAUUGAAUUACGAUGCAGAUAGGCAACGAAUCAAAUCGGGACACAACCCCAACUUUGCCUACUUGGUGGAUAAUCCAGACGCGGUAUGGAACGACAAAGGGUUAAGCCGAUUUGGAGAAUUUUAUCAAACGGAAAAAUUCGGAAGGGAAAAUUUAACCAUGUAUAAUAGCGGCGCAUCGUUGAGCAAACCCUCACAGGUAGGACAUAUUUUUGCCCAUAAGAAGUACCCCUCGAAAAAUGAUUUGCAAGCAACCAGAAAUGAUACGGCUGAUAGAAGAAAAAAUAUUCCUUCCUGUUUUCAAAACCAAAUGGAUGGAGAAUAUUUUACGAAUGCGAUUGGUACAAACAUCUGUGGAGGAAAUGCCGACUGUUCGCGAGGGAAGGAGAAAGAGAUGAACUGGCUACAAAUGGAAUGGCCACAAAAGGAAUGGUCACAAAAGGAAUGGCCCAAAGCGGAACAGUUCAAACGAGGCCCAAAGAAGGAGCACCGUAUUACUGAGAGGGGACGAAAAAAUAAGACCCGUGAGGAAGGAUCCCAAAAUUCCUUCGUUGCCCAGAUGGAGAAAAUGCAACAUUAUCUUCCACACGAUGAAGAUAAUAACAAAACGAUGAUCAUAAGUAACGUCCGAAGUGACUGCCACAACGAAGUAGCGAGCUGCAAUGGCAAUACCGACACGCUGUCCCCCCACAGUGGAUUCCAGAAUAGCGAAAUUUGCAAGGAUCAAGUGAUAAAUGCUAACGAGACUGAUGAUAAGAAUAGGAAGAAAACCAGACAGACGAACCAAAUGAAGGCGAAAAAAGAUUCCCUAUAUUAUAAAAAAACGAAAAAUUCAAAGGAUGCUGUAGCAAACGGAAAAGACUCCACCCUUCCGGCGGACUUGAUGCAAGAAGAGACAAAUAAUUUGAUCAAAUUAGAUUCCUACAUAGAAUCUUUGGAAAAUAAUACGGACGUAAUUUCCUUGGCGAAAGAAACAAUCCUUUUGCUUCUUAAAGACAUUAUAAAUUGUAUCCCCUUUCAAAUGGCCCCCUCUGUAAUAUCGAGAAAAAUUUAUUACCAAAAAAUUAAUGCGCAUGUUAAGUUUGUAUAUCAUUCUCAAAAUAUCCUCGAUUUGAUGCCCUACUUCUUCAUAUUCAAGAAUGUCAUUAAGCAGAAGAAGCUGCCGAGUGACCAGUCCCUGUACAUUUGCAACGUCUUGUUGUACGCCUUGUUCGAGGCGUAG